AUGCCUUUAAACUCGAUUCUUGGUGCGGGCGCAGUUGUUCGUGCAAGUCUCCGACCUCGCAUAGCUGCUCGAUUUACUUCUUCUUUUCGUUCUUCCGUUACUAGCAAAACUGGUACUCCUUACACUGUUGGCGACCAGUAUGGCGGCUUUAGUGUUAGUCGAGUUGCAGAAGUCCCGCAGCUUGGUAUGACUGCUGUUGAGCUUCUCCAUAACCCAACUCGGGCUCGCCAUUUGCACUUGGACCGUGAUGAUUCCAACAACGUGUUUUCCAUUGGCUUUAAGACAAACCCACCAGAUCUUGCCGGGUUGCCUCAUAUUCUUGAGCAUACUACUCUCUGUGGCUCUGAAAAAUAUCCAGUCCGUGAUCCAUUUUUUAAAAUGCUCACCCGAUCGCUUGCAAACUUUAUGAAUGCAAUGACUGGGUUUGAUUACACAUUCUAUCCCUUUGCCACAACAAACCCUACAGAUUUCAAUAACUUGCAAAAAGUUUACCUUGACGCAGUUUACCACCCUCUCUUACGACCUCUCGACUUUUCUCAAGAAGGUUGGAGACUUGAAAAUGAAGACGCUAAUGAUAUCAAUACUCCAUUGACUUACAAGGGUGUUGUCUACAAUGAAAUGAAAGGACAAAUGUCUAAUCCUUCUUACCUUUUUUAUAUUAAAUAUUUUAGAGAAAUCUAUCCCAGCUUGAAUAGCAGUGGUGGCGAUCCUAUUUAUAUCCCCAGCCUCAAGUACCAAGAUCUCAAGGACUUCCAUGAUGAAAGAUACCAUCCAUCUAACUCAUUUUCUCUUUCUUAUGGUAAUAUAAAGCUUAACAAGAUUCUUGGACCCAUUGAGGAGACUGUUUCUUCGUUUCAGUACCUCAAGCCUACACUGAGUGAAGUCAAGAAGCCAAUUGAACUUACCGAAACAAAGUCUGUCACUGUUGACGGGCCUCUUGAUCCUCUGUUUGAUGAAUCUCGCCAACACAAGAUUUCUCUUUCCUGGAUUUUGGGCGAUUCUAGCGAUGUCAACAGCACUUACCUGUGGAAGAUUUUCGGCAACCUUCUAAUGGACGGCCACUCUUCGCCAUUUUACAAGGCCCUUAUUGACACCAACUUGGGAACAGACUUUUCAGUCAACUCUGGGUUAGAUACUACCCCUGCAAGAAACAUUUUGACUAUUGGUUUACAAGGCGUUUCUGUGGAAAACUUGCCCAAGUUUAAGGAGGCUGUCUUUAAUGUUUUUGAAGAUAUUGCCAAAAACGGAAUCCCUCAGUCCAAGAUUGAUUCUAUUUUGAAUCAAGCCGAGCUUUCUGAUCGUGAAGUGGAGGCUAACCUUGGUAUGGGAUUUGUUUACAGACUUUUCCCCCGCGUGUUUAACAAGGCUGAGCCCUUUGACUUGCUUGAUAACGCUAAGCUUUUGACUCAGUUUAAGGAGGAAAUCAAGAAUCCUGAACGCUUCCAACAACUAAUUAAGGACUACAUUCUUGACAAGCCAUAUUUUGAGUUUAAGAUGGUUCCUAAUGAAAAAUUCGAAGCCAAUCUCGCUGAGAUUGAAAAGAAGAACUUGAGCGAUAGAGUUGCCACUGUCACUGAGACUGAAAAGCAGACAAUUUACGAGACUGGCCAAAAGCUUCAAGCCGUUCAAUCAGAGGUUGAGGAUGUUUCUGUUCUUCCCACUCUUCGUACCAGUGACAUUAGCCCCAAGGCCCGCUCCGUCACUAUUACACAAGAUACUACUUCUGAUGUCCCAGUUUCGUUGCGAGUUACCGAUACCCAAGGACUUACUUACCUUAGAAUGCUCAAAAAUGUGGGCAACAUUUUACCAGCAAACCUUAGACAUUUUUUUCCCUUGUACUCGGACGCUGCUGCCAACGUAGGAUUGACCGAUCUUUCUAUGGAAGACUUUGAAAAUGAAAUUAAACUCAACACUGGUGGGUUUUCUAUUUCCAGUGUCAUCCGUACGAGCCCAUUAGACUCAAGCAAAGUGGAUCUUCUGCAACACUUUAAUGGUGUUUCAUUGGAUGAGAAGGCUGAUAAGCUUUACGACUAUUAUUCCCGUGUUCUUACCAAAGCUUCAUUUGGCAACUUGGAGAAACUGAUUCCCCUUAUUCAGAGCAGUGUUGCAAACUCCAUGAAUUCGCUUUCUGACUCUGGUCAUUCUUAUGCCACAACUCACGCCAGUGCAGCCUUUUCCCUUUCUAGAAGACUUUCAGAGCUUUUCAACGGUCUUGAACAGGUACAGUUUAUGAAGCAGUUGUCAUUGUUUGACGAAAAGCAGCUUCAGGAGAAGCUUGUUCCUAGACUGGAGCAGAUUGGGAAGUUGCUUGCUACCAAUGGUGAUACACAGGUGGGCUUGACAUUUUCUCCAGCUUCUGCUGAAUCGUUGACUCAAACACACAAGAAGCUUAUUUCUGACUUUUCCUCUUCUCUUACUUCACCAAUUUCUGCCACUGAAUCAUUAAGUAGCCUUGAGCUUCUCCCUAUUGACAAGACUUACUUUAACUUGCCUUUUCAGGUCUCUUAUGUGGGCGUUGCUUUGAAGGGCGUUGAGUACACACACAAGGAUGGCGCAGCUCUCCAGAUUUUAUCCAACCUUCUUACACACAAGUAUCUCCACAAGGAGAUUAGAGAAAAGGGCGGUGCCUAUGGUGGUGGUGCUUCUUACAAUGCCAUUGAUGGAGUUUUCACUUUUUACUCUUACCGUGAUCCCAACCCUGUCAACUCGCUCGAGGCCAUUUCUCGUGCUGGUUCUUGGGCUCUUGCCAAUGACUGGAGCGAGCGCAAUUUACAGGAAGCUAAGCUUAGCAUUUUCCAGAGCAUUGACGCGCCUAUUUCCCCUCGCUCUGAGAUUUCGUCCCAGUUUGUGCAUGGUGUAACCAAUGAGCUCCGCCAAGCUCGUCGUACUGCUCUGCUAAAUGUUACGUUGGAUGAUAUUAAGCAGGUCGCUGAAAAGUACCUUGUUUCGACUGUUGAGGCAGACUUUAAGGAUACCAGUGUUACUGUUUUGGGUCCUGAGCAGACUGCCUUUACUGAUAACAAUGGGUGGAAGAUUAGAGACAUUGAUACACCUUACAUUGAUUUCUCUUCUUCUCUUGCUUGA